AAUUUCCACCAACCAAUCAGAUGAGAGCAUCGCGGAGCCAUUGCUAAGCGAGUUGUUCGUGUUGUGUGUUUAUUUACGUCAGAGAAAGCUUGUUGCAAGCUUUUCUCGCGCCCAAGAUUUUUCGGAUUUCCACAUUUGCGAAAGUAGAUGAAGGUUAUAGCAUGUCGCGGAAGGAUAAAUAUGAGCAGACUAACAAUCAACGGCGAGCCAAUACCUUCAUGGGGCCCGAAGAAGCCGCCUCUGGCAAGAAGUCUUUUUGGCCAGAGCUGGAGAUAACAGGGACUAUCCGCAAUCUGAGUCCGCGGCUGUGGGAACUCUCGCAUUUGACAACGUUGUACCUGAACGACAACAGCUUAACGCGCAUACCUGGCGAAAUAUGCAACCUGAUCAACCUGAGACAUCUCGACCUCUCCAGCAAUAAACUACGAAGCCUGCCAGCUGAGCUGGGUGACCUUAUAUUUCUCAGGGAGCUGCUGCUUAACAACAACUUCCUGCGUGUUCUGCCCUACGAACUGGGCAAACUGUUCAAAAUCCAGGUGCUUGGUCUGAAGGGCAACCCAUUGACCAAGGAGAUCAUGUCUCUCUACAUGGAGCCCAACGGCACCCACAAGCUUCUCACUUACAUGAUGGACAACUUGCAAGUUGUUGCAUCGCAGCCCCCACAACGACAGUGGUUAUUUUUAAGCAAGCCGGACCAGACCAGACCUGCCUGCAUUUUCACGGUGAUGUGUUACAACGUGCUGUGCGACAAGUACGCCACCAGGCAGAUGUACGGCUACUGCCCGAGCUGGGCGCUAAACUGGGAGUACCGCAAGAAGGGCAUCAUCCAGGAAAUCAGGUCCUGCGCCGCGGACAUAAUCAGUCUUCAGGAGGUUGAAACGGAUCAAUUCUACAACUUCUUCCGUCCAGAGCUGAAAGCUGACGGCUACUACGGCAUAUUUUCGCCAAAGUCGCGCGCCAAGACGAUGUCGGAGAGUGAGCGCAAGUACGUCGACGGUUGCGCCAUUUUCUUCCGCACUUCCAAGUUCCAGCUAAUGGCUGAGCACCUGGUAGAGUUCAAUCAGCUGGCCAUGGCAAACUCGGAGGGUUCAGACGACAUGCUCAACAGGGUCAUGCCCAAGGACAACAUCGGCCUCGCCGCACUACUCAAGACUAAGGAGGCUGCCUGGGAAGGCGGCGUGCUUCCUGAUCAGGCACAGAUGAAUCAGCUACUGCUUGUGUGCACAGCGCACAUCCACUGGGACCCCGAGUUCUGCGACGUGAAACUGAUCCAGACGAUGAUGCUGUCGCACGAGCUGCGCACCAUCCUGGACACGGCGUGCAACAACUUCCGGCCCGGCCACAAGCCCGACCCCAACAGCAUUCAGCUGAUCCUGUGCGGCGACUUCAACUCGCUGCCCGAUUCGGGUGUCGUCGAGUACCUCACAACGGGCCGCGUGCCGAAUGACCACCCCGACUUUAAAGACCUUAAGUAUAAGUCAUGUCUUCAGCGCAUCUCAUCGCGGGAAAAGUCCAACGAGUACACACAUUCCUUCCAGCUGGCCACCGCCUACUCGGAGGAUAUCAUGCCCUACACCAACUACACAUUUGACUUCAAGGGCAUCAUCGACUAUAUUUUCUACCAGAAAAACACAAUGACACCACUCGGUUUGCUGGGUCCAGUUUCCCCGGAGUGGAUAAGAGAGAACAAGAUUGCCGGUUGCCCCCACCCUCACGUACCAUCAGAUCACUUCCCACUGCUGUGCGAGCUGGAGAUGCGGCCGUCAGUCAACUCCGGGGCGCAGAACGGAAUCAUCUCGCGCAGGUAGCAGUCAGGUUGCAUGCAGCUGUAAUGCAGGUUGGCCUCAACCCGAGCAGUCGUCACCAAAGAGGCCUAACCGUGCUCUCUGAUUGCCUUCAGAAAAUGACAAAACGAGAGGAAGAACGAAAGAGAGAAAGAAAGAAAAAAAAAUGAAAACUCAGACAAAGCAAACAAACAAACAAACAGAAAACACACACUCGCCACUUCCUGCUGUGCUGGCCUUCAUACAUAUUUUAUAAUGUCACAUAUAUAGAGAGUAUAUUCAGCUACACCCCUGUGAUACCUUCCCGCCACCACCGCCCCCUGAACCAUCCCCUUGGCCUGGGAAAGGGUUCCCUGGCGAAUUCUCUGAAUUUUUCGGCACAAACUUGUUCCCAGUUUUAAUUUACAACAAAAAAAAAAAGAAAAGAAAGAAUCCGAUCCCACCCCUUGUCGGGGGCAAGCGUCUGCAUCGAGGCGAGCCGUCGUGCUGCAUGAAAUUAAUGAGACUGACUUUUGUCAAUGCAGCAUUUAUAUUUAAUAAAGAAAGCAUCCAACCAAUAAUAAAGUAACUAUCGUGACUUGGCAGCACCGCGGCUCCUCCGAUGACACAACCUUUUGCUUUCGCCCAUUCUCUCACCAGUUUUCGGAGACUGCCAUUACGAGGACCCUUUCUCCUUCCCAUUUGCCCCCUUCCCUCCUACGCCGCCUGAAUCUUCUGUGUCCUUUUUACGUUUUGUUGUAAUAUCGUGAACCAUGACAGCAAUUUCUGGACUGUAGAUCGUGUGACUUGUUUAUAUGUUUUGUAUCAAAAAAGAUGAAAAUUUGUCGGAAAAAAAUAAUAAACAAAACGCCACUUCUGAAGGACCUAUUCGCUCUUAAAUUUGGAUUUUCGUUAAGCUUGGUUUUCAUCCGUGAUUUUGAAAGGCUUUAAUUAAGAGUAACGAUUUAUGUGUUACUUAAAAAUUGAUUAAAAUAUGCUACGCCUAAUUUUUGUAAUUUUUGAUAGUUAAUUUCUUCCGUGAGAAGAUUCUUAGCUUAAUUUGUUUCCUUAAUUAUUGUACAGCCAGCUUGUUUCUUGCACUCCCGAUUAACGCCAUUCUAAAACAAGCGCUAAUGGAAACCAAGCCGACUGAAAAUUCGAAUUUUUGGUCGUCUGGUCCUUUCAUAACCAGGUCGCGGUCCGUGUUGACCUCGCCUGGACUUUUUGUGCAAUCUUGAUGGUCCCGGGGAAGAGCUUACUUUUCUCUAAUUUCUUUCGAGUAAACCGGUGUCUCGCAAAAGACAAAAUUAACAAGGUGGAGACGCAGAGUGAAACAGAAAAAGCUGAAAACUAGUGUUUAAUUACGGUGUUAUGGAAACAGAGAUCUUGAAAGCAGAUUUUUGGCGAAUCUGGCAGAUUUUACCGUAUGAAUUAUGUUGAGCAAAAGUGAGAGAGCGUGAGCGAUUUGUUUGAGGUCGUAAAAAUGUCCGUUUUUUCUUUUUUGUAAUUCUGUUGUGUGUGUACGUAACACGGAAAAACAUGAAUGUCUUUUAUUAUCCUGAAGACCGAAUUCAAUUCAUUUGUGAUUCCUUAAUUUUGUCAUCAUUUAAAGAUAUCAUAGUAUUUUGAUUUUAAUAUAAAGCGUCAAAAACGUUCAAAAAAAAUGAAUAAAUGCGUUUUUAUUGAAAAACUAAUCUCAAUUGGCUUUGAACUUUUAUUUUUAUUAGUUAGUGACUCUGAUUUUAUACUUAAAUUUCUUUUGAAACAUGCCAAAUUCACAUCGAAUCGCCCAUAGUUUUUUAGUCUGCUUUUGGUUAAUAAUUUUUAUCGUCAUAAUGUAGACUGAGUUGGCAUUUUUUUAAAUCCACAAAAAUCUGCUGAGCUGCGGUGUAGGCUGUCUUAUUGAUGUUUGCUGAAAACUGGAAAAAUAGUGUCGUUUCCUCACAGACGUAACGCUACGGAACAAUUGAUAUAUACAUAUGUGAAUCGAUAUUCUCUAUCCUGGGUUGUGUGUCCAACACAUUGGCAUGUCCGCACAAAUGUUGAAAGAAAAUCCACGCUCGUUGAAUUCGCCUCAUAGUUUAUUUUUUGAUCUCCAUUGGACAAAAGCUAAGAGUGCGCGAAGCAGCCCCGACAGACCAGACUAUACUCGAGAGAAAGAAAGAUUUUCCAAAGGUCGCUUGUCCUUUCCGCGCUGACCUUUCAGCAAAUGCCACGCGGCUCCUGAAAUAGACGCCAGACCGGACAAUGCCGACACAUUCCUUUGAAAUUGGUCCAACGGGCAGACUUAACGAUUGGGUCUCAAAAUACACACUUCAAAGAAUAUAUGACCGACAAAAUGAGACUUUUCACGAGAUUCAUGGAAAAAUCUGAAACCUAAAAGAAUCGGGUCAGAAUUUUGAGUUGUCGAGUUUGGAGCCAGAAAAAAUGUCCGAACUCGACAAUGCAGAGAUUCGGUUUGGUUUCUCGUGAUUCUUUAUUUUAAAAUUCAGGUAUUUCUUCCUCUCUUGAGAAAAUUUAUUUUCCGACAGUCAUGUCCUUGGAAUUCUCAUUUCCUACAUACUUGAUAUAAAUAACUGUACGCAUAUAGACGGUAGCAAUUCUUUUUUUCGGAGGUUUGGUUAUUUUCCUGGUGCCAGCAUUUUCAGCAGGAAUAAAAUGUUACUUGUAACGGACAGAUUAUGAAAUGACAAUGUACAAAUCACAUUCGUAAACAUAAGAUUCUAUAUAUAUUAUAGAAAAACGGCAGAAAACUUCACUUUUUUCAUUCGACGCGUCCGUGCGCGCGAAAGCAACUGCGGAAGAAAACGUUCGAUUCACUUUCAACCGACGAGAAAAUAUUUUUAACUCUAUGAAUAUACUUGCAGGAACUUAAGCCAGCACUUUUCGAUGCCAUGAGUUUCCACGGCACACUCAUUGUCAAAUUCAUGAACGCCCAACCGAACCUGUCUCUUGUAACCCCUUGUUUCUCUGUUGGAAAUCACUAUUUAGUCUUUUUCAAACUCAACAUUGUCUCACACUUAUGUGAAUAAAAAUAUGAAAAAUGGACUAUUCUCAGCUCUGAGAACAAAAUAAAAAAUGAAAACAUAAAA